AUGGAAGGCGAGCCGGUGGUGGUCCCGCCCGGAAAGGCCACCUUUGGUCGCCUCAAUCUCGCCAUCGAUGACACCCAUGUCUCUCGAUCCUCCUUCCAUACUCUGUGGGAUCCGCAUGCCCGAGUUCUCAGCAUCGCCUCGGUUGGCCUCAACGAGAUCCAGCUCCGCUGCAUGGAAAACGUUGCCGAUCGUGUUGCACUUGCCAAGGGUGACGCUGUCCAGGUCCAUGACGGAGACAUCAUCUACCUCUACGAGUCGUUCCAUCCACAUCAAGUCCGCAUCAUUGUCUACGAUCCUGCAGACCCCGUGGCUCCGGCUGCGUCGCUGAUCCGGACUAGGACAGCGCUGCUCUCUGCCGACGACGGUACCAGCUCCAACAACGAUGCCGAACAUCACAGCGACGCAGAGGAUGACGGCACUGGCAAGGCCUGUGUUCGCGACGCGGACGACGAUGAUGAUGACGAUGCUAGUGCGCUGCAGCCCAUGGCUGUCUCGUUUGUCUCGCCCGAGGCCGCCGCUGCUGGCGCUCUCCCGCCGCUGCCGGUCAUGGACGACACCGAGGUCCGCCGCCACCAGAUGGACUUUCUCCGCCGGCAGCAGGUUCUCUACAACGAGCACUUGCUGCGCCAGCAAGAGAUGUUUGUGCAGGAGGCCGCCAUGGCCGCCCAGGAGGCGCGCGAGGAGGCCGAGCGCCUCAUGAUGUACCAGCAGCACAUGUACUUUCAGGCGCAGGCCCAAGCUCGGGCCCAGGUCCAAGCUGAAGCCCAGGCCCAGGCCCAGGCCCAGGCUCAGGCUCAAGCCUCGUCUGCCGUACACUUGGCGGUACCCACUACCUCGUCAGGGCUGCAAAAGCUCGGGCACGCACCGUCGUACGCUCUGAUGUCGUACUACGAGCUUCCAAGUGAGCUGAAGCGCGACCGUGAGCACAAGCCGGAUCCAAAGCCAGAGCACGAGGCCGAGCUUGAGCCGGCGCCCGAAUCUGAGACCGAGGCGGGGUCGCAGACGAGACCCAUCCAUGGCCCGACGAUGAUGGCGACAGCGAGCCGGAUGUGA